CAUUGAGUUCCUGGAGCGCCCUGUUUAAAAAGAAAAAUUGGCAAAAUUGCUUGCUGCCAUAUACACCACCCUGUUGUCGUGACACUUAGAGGAAAUGCAAUAAUUGAUAAAUAAAUUUGGCGGUUAUACAGGAAACGGCAUUUUGCACUAUCGGCAGUUUUUUUAUUUAAAUAUAUAGAAAUGGACAACUUGGACGUGGAAAUGCAGAUUAUUCAUGGCGAGGUGUUACCCGACGAUAUAGAUCGGAAUGCUUCAUUCAAUAUAAGCGAAAAUACAGAUGAAUUAGAUUUAGCACUAAUAAAAUAUAUAACCCAAUCUAAACGUAUACUUUUUCUUGAGCGUGAAAAUACUUGGAAUGAUUUCCAAACAGUGAAUGAAAAAUUCGAUGAAUUCACUAUGGAACAACUGUAUGAUCAUUUUCAGCGAAAAGUGUUGCCGAAUAUUUACAACUACGAAUUGACGCCAAUACAAAAGCAAAUGCUGGAAUUAUUGAGUUUACAUCCUGAAUAUGAGCGUGUUACUAACGGUUAUCAACGUUUGCCUGCCGAGCGUCGUCUAGGUUAUGACAGGUUGCCUAAAGAAGGCCAAGAUUUCGUAAUUGUUGAAGAACAGAAUCAGUUGCGCCAACUUUUGGAUGACGUUUCGUCUAGUGACAUUCAGUCGGACCUAACCAAAGAAUUCGAUUUAACUAAGCCAAGCAAUUCACCUACACACACACUACUGCUACGCUGUCCUUAUGAACGUAAAUUUACUGGUUAUGGUUACCAAUUUUCAAAGGAAAAUGCUGCUUUGCUUUCGGCCGCGCUUUCUAAUGAUUUUGAGUUAUCUGGACGUGUAUUAAUAGAGCCAAGGGAACUGCAUGCACGUUUACGAAGUGCAAAACGUAAUUUUGAACAAUACGGAAAUAUGCCUGAAAACUGUUUGAAUGCCGCUAAAUUACUGGAAAAAAUUAAAAAACUAAAAGAACUGCGCGAAGCUAUAGUUGAUGUGGUCGCAGAUAGAUUUUAGACCGCAGAGUAAACAAAGUAAAUUCCAU